GGGACCUGUACGGUGUCCAGACGCCAGAACACCAUCCAGGAGCUUUUGCAAAACUGUUCGGAUUGCCUGAUGCGAGCUGAGCUCAUAGUACAACCCGAAUUGAAAUAUGGGGAUGGUGUCCAGAUUAGAGGGAACAGGGAUCUGGAAGAGUGUUUUGCACAGGCAAAUGACCAAAUGGAUAUCCUGGAUGGGCUGAUAAGAGAGCUGAGGCAGAUGGGCCAACCCUGUGAGAUGUAUCAGAAAAGGCUGCUUCAACUUCAGGAGCAGAUGCGUGCCCUGUACAAAGCCAUCAGUGUUCCCCGUGCCAGGAGGGCCAGCUCCAAAGGUGGUGGUUGCUAUUCCUCUCAGAGUGGCUCAGGCUGGGAUGAGUACACGAAACGUGUCACAAGCGAAUGUUUAAACUGGAUGAGGCAGCAGAAGGCUGAAAUGGAGCUAGUGAAAUGGGGUUUUGAUGCAGCAUCUAUUGAGCAACAAAUUGGUGAUCACAGGAGAACUCACAAUGCCAUUGGAGACUAUCGCUGGCACCUGGACAAAGUCAAAACAGAUCUGCGGGAGAAGGCUGCGGUUCAUCAGCUGGAGGAAGAAUAUGAAGGACUGCUGAAAUACUCCUUUGAGAGAAUGGAUCAGCUCCGUCAAUUCCAGAACCUCAUCCAAGCCACCAGCAGAGAGAUCAUGUGGAUCAAUGACUGUGAGGAAGAGGAGCUUCUCUAUGACUGGAGUGACAGGAAUACUGACAUUGCCAGGAAGCAGGAGGCCUUCUCUAAACGCAUGAGCGAACUGGAGCUUAAAGAAAAGGAACUCAACAAGCUAAAGCAAGAAAGUGACCAGCUAGUGCUCAACCAGCACCCUGCUUCAGACAAAAUCGAGGCCUACAUGGACACAUUACAAACUCAGUGGAGCUGGAUUCUUCAGAUCACCAAAUGCAUUGAUGUUCAUCUGAAAGAGAAUGCGGCUUACUUUCAGUUCUUUGAAGAGGCCCAAGCCACAGAGUGCUACCUGAAAAACUUACAAGACUCCAUCCGAAAGAAGUUCAUCUGUGAUAAGAGCAUGUCACUGCAGUCUUUGCUGGAGCAGAUCAAAGAGCUGGAGAAUGAACGAGAGAGAAUUCUUGAAUACAAGAGGCAAGUGCAGAGUUUGGUGAAUAAAUCCAAGAAGAUUGUGCAGCUGAAGCCACGUAACCCAGACUACCGGAGUAACAAGCCUAUUAUCCUCAAGGCUCUGUGUGACUACAAACAGGAUCUGAAAACGGUGCGCAAAGGAGAUGAAUGUAUCCUAAAGGACAAUAACGAGCGCAGCAAGUGGCUGGUGACUGGUCCUGGAGGAGUAGACAUGCUGGUGCCAUCUGUUAGUCUUAUCAUACCACCCCCCAACCCGUUAGCAGUGGAUCUUGCUACCAAAAUUGAGCAGUACUAUGAAGCUAUUUUAGCUUUGUGGAAUCAGCUGUAUAUCAACAUGAAGAGCCUGGUAUCUUGGCAUUAUUGCAUGAUCGACAUUGAGAAAAUCAGAGCGAUGACUAUUGCCAAGCUGAAAACAAUGCGUAAGGAAGAUUACCAGAAAAUAAUAACUGAUCUGGAAAUCCAUUACCAAGAAUUCCUCAGGAACAGCCAAGGCUCAGAGAUGUUUGGCGAUGAAGACAAACGGAAGAUCCAGACUCAGUUCACCGAUGCUCAGAAGCACUACCAAACCUUGAUUAUACAACUGCCCAAUCAACCACGGCAGCCGCAAAUAGUGGUCCCAACUGAGACCUGUCCUACUGGUUCCUCUAACACCGUUAUCGUUAAUGAGAGAAACCGAGAAUACGAUAAGCAGGAGGCCUGGCUGCUGAUGGAGCUUCAGAAACUUCGGCGUCAGAUUGAAGCUUCUGAGAUUCAGAUGGUUCAGAGAGCUCCUCUUGGAGUGGAUCAAGGGGCUAUGCAUGACUUUUCGGUCAGAAUAAAGGAUUUAGAGGGUGUGCAGAAUGACUCUCAAAUAAUGGCUGAAACCCUCAAUAAGCAUAAGGACUUGCUGCCUAACUUCAGAGGCUGCGAGAAGUAUGUGUACUUGCAGUCGGAAAUAAAUGCCCUGUUUCAAAAACUGGAAAAUAUUAAUGGUGUUUCCGCUGGCUACUUGGACAGCUUGAAUGCACUGAGGUGUCUGCUACAGAUUAUUCUACAAACAGAAGAUGUGAUCAGAGUUUUUGAAGUCAGACUGUCUGAAGAGGAGACUGUUCCUUUGGAUCUUGAUAAAGUGGAGGCUUAUCGGGCUUGUCUGAAGAAAAUGAAAGCAGACCUAAAUAUGAAGAAGUCACUACUGAGUGCCCUGGAAAAUGAGCUGCAGAAAACACUUCAGAUUCAUUCACAGUCUUGCCAGUCAUAUACCCUGUAUGACAUGGACAUUGGAAAGUUCUGUGACAAAGUUACCCAGCUAAUAGACCGCUGGCAGAGAGCUGAUAAGCAGAUAGAUAACAGAUCGUGGGAUUUAGAGAGACAGAUCAAACAGCUGAAAACUUACCGAGAUCUCUACCAGGCCCUGUGCAAAUGGAUCUGUGAUGCCAAGCGCAGGCAGGAUGCUAUUGAGUCCAUGAAGCUGUGUGAUUGCAACGCUAUCAUGAGAUAUCUACAUGAUCAGAAGAACUUGCACAGUGAAAUCUGUGGGAAGCGAGACAAAGUUGAGGAGCUUCUCAAACAUGCAGAUCAGUGCUCGGCUGCAAUUAAGGAUUAUGAACUACAGGUUGCUUCCUACAGUUCCGGAUUAGAAACAUUGCUCAACAUACCUAUCAAGAAGAGCGUGGUUCAGUCUCCGGCAGUGCUGAUUCUACAAGAGGCUAGCGAGGCUCAGUCUCGCUACAUAGAGCUUCUUACAAGAUCAGGAGAUUAUUACAGAUUCUUAAGUGAAAUGUUAAAGAGCAUGGAGGACUUGAAGAUGAAAAACACCAAAAUUGAACUUCUGGAAGAGGAGCUCAGGCUUGCCAGGGAUUCAAAUUCAGAGACAAGCAACAAACAUAAAUUCCUGGAGCAAAAUCUGCAGAAGUACCAGAUGGACAUUUCUCAGCUCAAGGCAAAGCUGAUGAGUUUGGAAGAGAUGAAAAGACAAGCUGAAAUGGAUGGAAAUUCUGCUAAGCAAAACCUGGACAAAUGCUAUGCCCAAAUAAAGGAUCUAAAUGACAGAAUAACCAGGCUGACUUAUGAGACUGAAGAUGAGAAAAGGAAAAGGAAGUUGCUGGAGGAUAGAUAUGAGCAGCAGAAGAAUGACUAUGACCAGCUGCAGAAAACAAGACAAAACGAGAAAGACAGCCUUGGUUGGCAAAAGUUAGAGUCUGAGAAGGUCAUCAAGGAGAAGGAGUACGAGAUAGAAAGAUUGAGGGUUCUUCUUCAGGACGAAGGCACACGGAAGAGGGAAUUUGAAAAUGAGCUGGCUAAGGUAAGAAACCAGUUUAGCGAGGAGAUGAGUAAUUUAAAGAACAAGUAUGAAACAGAAAUUAAUAUUAAGAAGACCACAAUCCAGCAGAUAGCUGCACAGAAAGACGAUGAUGCCAAAGGCCUCAGAGCCCAGGUUGACAGACUGACGAGAGAAAACAGAGACCUGAAGGAUGAGAUUGUGAGGCUGAACGAUGCCAUUCUGCAAACCACAGAUCAACGGAGGAGGGCAGAAGAAGAUGCUCUUCAGCAGAAGGCUUGCAGUUCUGAGGUGUCACAGCAGAAGCAUCAGUUAGAGCUGGAGCUGAAACAAAUCAUUCAGCUUCGUGGUGAAGACAACUCAAGAUACAAGCAGGCUCUUGAGGAGGCUGCCUCAACUAUUCAGGAUAAAACUAAGGAGCUGGAAAGGCUAAAGAUUCAGCUUCAGGAAGAGGCUAAAAGCCGAUGGGAACUUGAAAAUGAAUUGGCUAAGGUAAGGAACAGUUAUGAUGAGGAAAUUAUUAGUUUAAAGAACAAAUAUGAAACUGAGAUUAAUAUCACAAAGACCACAAUUCACCAGGUCACCAUGCAAAAGGAAGAGGACACAAAUAAUUAUAGAACGCAGCUUGAUAAUGCCAUGAGAGAAAAUAGGAAUUUGUGUGAGGAAAUUAGGAGACUGAAGAAUACAAUAAGUCAGACAACAGAUAAUCUACGGAAAAUAGAAGAGAAUGCUCAGCAGCAGAAGGCAGCUGGCUCAGAGCUUUCGCAGAAGAAACAGCAGCUGGAGAUCGAGCUAAAGCAAGUUAUUCAGAGGCACUCUGAUGAAAGCAUGCGGUACAAACAGUCACUCGAUGAUGCUUCUAAGACCAUUAAGGAAAGAAACAAAGAGAUCGAAAGGCUGAGAAAGAUGUUGGAUGUAGAAACAAGUCAGAGAAAAGAGCUAGAGGAUGAGAACAGUCAGUUAAAAAGAGUCCAGUUCGACCUGCAGAAAGCAAACACGAGUGCUACUGAGACAAUUAACAAGCUGAGGAUCCAAGAGCAGGAACUGGCCAGACUGAAAAUUGACUUUGAAAGAGUUUCACAAGAGAAAAAGGGCAGGGAUCAAGAAAGUGCCAAGUUCCAGAGCACUGUAAAAGACUUGCAGAUCCAGAAACAUAAGCUGGAGGAGGAGCUUUGCAGGCAGAAUAAAAAUGUAAUGGAGGAGGCGUCCAGGAGGAAGAAACUGGAGGAGGAAAUAGAAGGCAUGAGGAGAUCUCUGAGAGAGCAAUCGGUUAAAAUAACUAAUCUCACACAGCAGAUAGAGGAAGUGUCUAUUGUAAAGAAGAGGAAUGAAGAUGACCUUAGGCACCAAAGAGAAGUAUUAGAUGGUCAUGUGAGAGAGAAGCAGAGAUACAUGGAGGAGAUAAGAAAAUACACAUCUGAUAUUGAGACUUUACGCCGUCAGUUGGUCCAAGAACAGGAGCAAUUAAAACAGGCUCACCUGCGAUACGAGCACUUACAGAAAAGCUCUGAGGAAAAAAGCAAAAACUUGAAUGAGUGCAAAAUAGAAAUCGAAAGGCUUCAGUCUCUCACCGAGAACCUAACCAAGGAACACUUGUUACUGGAGGAAGAGCUGCGAAAUGCUAGAUUGGAGUACGAUGACCUCAGAAUGGUCAGAAGUGAAGUUGAUGAGAAAAAUACUGCCAUUGCUGAACUAAAGAAUCAGCUUCAGACGAGCAGCAAGCAAACCCUGGAACUUCAGGGGUUGAUUAAUGAUUUACAGAAAGAAAGGGAAAAAUUGAGACAGGAAAUUGAAAAAUUCCAAAAGCAAGCUAUAGAGGCAUCCAAUAGGAUUCAAGAGUCCAAAAAUCAGUACAGUCACAUUAUGCAAGAAAGAGAAACCUUGCUGAUAAAAAUGAGUGCUCUGGAGCAAGAUAAAGCCAGGCUGCAGAGAUUGGAAGAGGAACUGAACCGUUUGAAAGUUACCCUGGAAUCAGAGUCUCGUUUGAAGCAACGCCUGGAAAGCGAGAAGCAACAGAUCCUGAAUGACCUUAAUCAGUGGAAGAGCCAGCACUCUCGGACGGAGGAAUCCAUAAGGAAGAUCCAGUGUGAGAGAGAGAAGAGUGAGAGGGAGAAGAACGCCCUGAGGAGUGAGAUUGAAAGGCUGCAGAUGGAGAUCAAACGGAUCGAAGAGAGAUACCGGUGCAGACUGGAAGAGACCGCUGUCAAAAACCAGUCAGAGUUAGAGUCUGAGCGUCUCAGGCUGCAAAGAGAGAUUGAGAAGCUCAAGCAACGCCCAUAUGGGUCCCACAGAUCUACGCAGACUGAGGAAGACUUUUGUAUUGAUGCCUCCAAGUUGCUGUUCAGUGGGCUGCGGAAGAAGAUUACAGCAAUGCAGCUGUAUGAGUGUCAGCUGAUAGACAAACUCACACUGGAUAAACUGCUGAAGGGGCAGAGGUCAGUGGAAGAAGUCGCGGCUGACAUUGAACCCUACCUCAAAGGGGCAGGCGCUAUUGCAGGGGUGUCCCUUUCGCCCAGGCAGAAGUACUCUUUUGUUGAGGCCAAACGGAAUCAGCUGCUUACAGCAGAAAACGCAGUCCUGCUCUUAGAAGCCCAGGCAGCAACAGGAGGCGUGAUAGACCCACACCGAAAUGAGGUGUUAACCGUGGACAGUGCUAUCGCCAGGGAUCUGAUCGACUUUGAUGACAGAGAACAAAUCUAUACAGCAGAAAAGGCGAUUACAGGAUUUAAAGAUCCCUUCUCGGGCAAAACUGUGCCAGUAUCUGAAGCCAUCAAGAAAAACUUGGUUGAGAGAGAAACUGGGAUUCGUCUGCUUGAGGCCCAGCUGGCUGUAGGAGGGAUUGUUGAUCCUGUCAACAGUGUUUUCCUACCCAAAGAUAUAGCUUUAUCUCGUGGCUUGAUUGACAAAGACCUGUACAGGAUCCUAAACAACUGCCAAGGCACUACGAAGAACUUCAUUGAUCCCACCACCAAAAAGGCAGUUACUUACAUGCAGCUGAAGGAAAAAUGUAGGAUUGAAUCACAUACUGGUCUUCUCCUCCUCCCGGUGCAGAAGAGGAGUAUGUCAUUCCAAGGGAUCAGGCAGCCCGUCUCAGCAGAUGCACUGCUCGAGGCUGGAAUUAUUAAGGAAUCAACAAGGAACGACUUGGAAAGAGGUGCAAUUACAGUGGAAGAAGUGAGUGAGAGAAUUAUUGAUUUCCUUCAAGGCUCUAGCUGCAUUGCGGGUAUCUACAAUGAGACCACUAAAGAGAAACUUGGCAUUUACCAGGCUAUGAAAAUAGGUUUGGUUAGACCGGGGACAGCCCUUGAGCUCCUAGAAGCCCAGGCAGCCACAGGGUUCAUAGUGGAUCCUGUCAGCAAUGUGAGGCUGCCCGUUGAGGAAGCUUACAAAAGAGGCCUUGUUGGAAUUGAAUUUAAGGAGAAACUUCUCUCUGCUGAAAGAGCCGUCACUGGGUACAAAGACCCAGAAACUGGAAACAUCAUUUCUCUGUUUCAGGCAAUGAACAAAGAGCUCAUAGAGAGGGGCCAUGGCAUUCGUUUGCUGGAGGCCCAGAUUGCUACUGGAGGAAUCAUUGACCCCAAAGAGAGCUACCGCUUGCCUGUCGAGACAGCCUACAAGCGUGGCUACUUCAACGAAGAGCUCAACCAGAUUCUUAGUGAUCCCAGUGAUGACACCAAAGGGUUCUUUGAUCCCAACACAGAGGAGAACUUGACCUACUUGCAGUUGAAAGAAAGAUGCAUAAAGGAUGACGCAACAGGGCUCUGCCUUUUGCCCCUGAGAGAGAAGAAGAAAGUGGUGCACACCUCGCAGAAGAACACCCUUAGGAAGCGCCGGGUUGUCAUUGUAGAUCCAGAAACGAACAGGGAAAUGUCCGUGCAGGAGGCAUACAGCAAAGGCCUCAUAGAUUACGACACCUAUACAGAACUAGCUGAACAGGAGUGUGAGUGGGAAGAAAUAACUAUUACAGGAUCAGAUGGUAGCAGUAGAGUAGUCCUUGUCGACAGAAAAACAGGUAGCCAGUAUGACAUCCAAGACGCUAUCGAUAAAGGUCUGGUUGAGAGGAAGUUUUUUGACCAGUACCGUUCUGGCAGUUUAAGCCUGACGCAGUUUGCAGACAUGAUUUCCUGCCGUAACGGCACCGAUGAGGUGUUUCGGCACGAGUCGGUGACUCGGUCUCCCACAGUACUGAGUGUCAGGAGUUCUUCUUCACUGAUCAGAAGCGGUUCUUUCUCAGAGAUCCCAGAAGAGUGUAGUCCUAUUGCAGCCAUAUUUGACACAGAAAACUUGGAGAAAAUCUCCAUUUCAGAAGCGAUACAGCGAGGCAUUGUGGAUAGCAUCACCGGGCAACGGUUGCUUGAAGCCCAGGCCUGCACAGGGGGCAUAAUAUGCCCUACCACAGGCCAGAGGCUUUCACUUCAGGAAGCCUCCAGUCAAGGCAUCAUUGAUCAGGAUAUGGCCACGCGUCUCAAACCAGCCCAGAAGGCCUUCAUAGGGUUUGAAGGCAUAAAGGGUGGACGCAAGAGGAUGUCAGCAGCUGAGGCAGUGAAGGAAAAGUGGUUGCCUUACGAGGCUGGGCAGCGGUUCCUUGAAUUCCAGUACCUCACUGGAGGUCUCGUGGACCCAGAAGUGCGUGGAAGAAUAAGUACUGAAGAAGCCAUUAGGAAUGGAUUGAUUGAUGGUCGUGCUGCCCAGAAAUUGCAAGACACGAACAGCUAUCCCAAAAUUCUGACCUGCCCCAAGACCAAACUGAAAAUAUCCUACAAAGAUGCCAUGAAUCGGUCAAUGGUGGAAGACAUCACCGGGCUUAAACUCUUGGAAGCAGCCUCUGUUUCAUCUAAAGGCAUAUCCAGUCCCUAUAAUGUCUCCUCAGCACCCGGCUCUCGCUCUGGCUCUCGCUCUGGCUCACGUUCAGGCUCACGCAGUGGGUCUAGGAGGGGAAGUUUUGAUGCAUCAGCAAGCUCUUCGUAUUCUUAUUCUUACUCGACCUUCAGCAGUGGGUCUAUUGGGCGCUAAUAACAAAUGAGGGAAUGUGUCUGCAUUUUAAUAUUGUUUAGAUUAUUCUAUAUCCCCUUU